GUGCGCCCACAUGUGGACAGGUCACAGGGGUAACGGGGCUGUUGGACGCCGGGUAGUUGGUUAAAUGAGAUUCCUGCAGUUACUCAGUAAUUUCUUCCAAACCGACUGUCUUUUCGCUCAGAGGACGAAGCUCGAAGGGUAACGACACCGGCAGACAUGUCGUACUGCAGGCAAGAGGGAAAAGAUCGGAUCAUCUUUGUGACCAAGGAAGAGCACGAGUCACCAAGCAAUGCAGAGCUGAUUGCAGAUGACCCGAACGAUCCUUAUGAGGAACAGGGUCUGAUCUUGCCCAGUGGUGACAUCAACUGGAACUGCCCGUGUUUGGGGGGCAUGGCCAGCGGACCAUGUGGCUCUCAGUUCAAGGAGGCCUUUUCCUGUUUCCAUUACAGUAAAGAAGAGGUGAAGGGCUCGGAGUGCAUUGACUACUUCCGUAACAUGCAGGAGUGCAUGCAGAAGUAUCCUGAGCUCUAUCCUCAGGAGGAAGAAAACUCUGCCCAAACGGAGUCCAGCUCCGAACCUGAAUCUGCUGCCCCCGCUGAGGGCUCAGCAUCACCCCCUGAAAAUGACUCUAGUCCAGGCACGUCUACAGCCGAGCCCACCUCACCUACAGACAGCCAGACUGCCAGUUAAGGUCAACCAGUCAUCAUUCACAGAUCUCUGUGUGCGAGCACUGCCCAACAUGAAGGAUGCUCCACGACGAGCUCUGAUCGGCACCGCCUCUUUUCUUAUUUCAGCCCAGAGAGAGGCUAUAGACUGACAGUCUGGGAAUUACUUACAGAAGCCAUCAGAGGAGGACUUUGUGAAUGCAGAGAAACGUAGCAUAUGUACAGAAGUAUAGGUUGCUUUAUUUGCUGAGCACUUAUAAAUCAUGAAAUAUGAUUCAAAGGCAGUGGGCCGAGCUAUUCGCUGCAGGGACUUUAGCUGAAGGACUGACUUUCUAUGCAACAGAAAAUUACUUUGCUACUUGUUGUCACUUCUCCAAUCAUAACAUUUGUUGAUUUGUUUUGAUUUUUGUGUAUUUAUAGUCAGGAUAUACUGGGCAUUUAGCACUGACUUGCGACUAAAUAUCAAAUAUGACAAAAGCUCUGAUCGGUUUUCAUCAGAAUGUAUCCAGACGCAGUUCACUGAAGGGAGCAAAACACAGAGUUGAAGAGGAAACAGCAAACCUAAGCCUCUUAGUGUUGAGAUCACAUUAAUAUUAACACCAUUACAUGUUGGUAUCUUAUAGGAUGUCAGGGUCUUUAUCUGCUGCCAGGUGAACAACUGUCUUUUUUUAAUGACACUGUGUCUGUCCACAUCACUGUCAUUGUCAUUUUUUUGUUUCAGUACUGUUAAAUCUUUGGUUGGAAGCUGUGGUCGGUGUUUAAUGUCGUUCAGGCCUUAAAGGACUUUACAUUUUCUCUCAAAUAUUUCAAAUUAAAAUAUUAAUGAGA